ACAUGCGUAUAUCACAGUGGAAGACGAGCCAGCUCGAUUGUACAUGUUCACGUGUGUAUAGGAAUGUUAUUUAGUACUGAUGUCAUUUUAAAAGUAUUUUUAUAUGUGUCGAUGAUUGUGUUUGGGCCUGUGACAGUCAGAUCGCUGUGGUCUGUCAGCGAGUGUGUAACCAGUAAGCCAUUAUCACUUUUCGUUUAGUGAAGUUUAUAUCGUGUCAACUCAAAGGGAACACGCUGUUUGUAUUUGACCCAGUUGCGACCUAUUCGUCAGGUAUGUCCUUCCGUCCUCGGCCGACCCGUUAUCUCUUAUUACUGUAUUUCUGUGCGGGUGACACCUGCCAUGCUAGUAUAUACGAUAGCAUUUGAACAUGAAGCAGUUGUAUAGAUAUUUCAUUGCAAUAAUUUUUAUAUUUUUACUCAUGACUGCUGCGCUUCAUUUCUUGCCAAAAGUGAUCAUGAUUAGACAUGGCAAAGGCGAGAAGUUACAUUGUCCUUUGGAGCCAUCCGAGGUAGGCCACGGAUCUAAAUCAGGCGAGGAUAAAAUUAGGAAAUGGCCAGAAUGGAGUGUUAUCAAGAAAACAAGCCGAAAAGCUUCUUCAAAACUGCCGCAUGUGUGGGACAAUGAUAACGGCGAAGAUAGAAUUGUGUCACAGAUGGAAUUUGUUCCGGAUAUUCAAGGGGACAAGAAAGUGCUUUGGGCAAGGCCGUCAGAUUUCAAUGUGAAUGCAGGAGAGGGUAUAUUUAGUAAGUGUCCAGUUAAACAUUGUACGAUUGUGGAAGACAUUGAUGUUCCACACAUCGACGCAAAAAUGUGGAAUAUGCAGUUUUCUCACAUGGAUGUACCUAGGUUCGACCCGUCCAGGACAAAAAACGCGAACCAGGUAUGGAUUAUUUACAAUCUCGAAAGCCCUCUAGCCACUCCUGAUUAUUACCUGUUAGACAGCUUGUUUAACUGGACAGCCUCUUACAGAAGAGAUUCCACAAUAGUUACACCAUACGAACGAUGGCGCCCCAAAGAAGACGCAAAACCUUCAAAGAAAAAGCGAAAUUAUGCAGCAGGCAAAAGUCGAAAAGCAGCCAUAUUCAUUUCUAACUGCGACACGACAAAUGGACGGAUGGAUUACGUUCACGAAUUGCAGAAGUAUAUUGAUGUUCAUAUAUAUGGUGCCUGUGGCGACGGUACUCAUAACUGUGAUAGAUUUGCAAACCAGACUGCGUGCAUUGAAACCUUAAAAAGACAUUAUAAGUUUUAUUUAGCCUUCGAGAACUGCAAUUGUCGUCACUACAUAACGGAAAAGUUUUUCGUGAAUGCUUUAUCGUCUGACGUCAUUCCCGUUGUCAUGGGAGCACAUCCCGACGAUUACCGCGCUGUAGCGCCACCGCACUCCUACAUUCACGUGGAUGAUUACAAUUCACCUGAAGAUUUAGCAAAAUAUUUACAUAAAUUAGACAAAAAUGAUGACCUUUACAACGAAUAUUUUCAAUGGAAAGGGACAGGCUCCUUUAUAGAUACUAAGUUCUGGUGUAGAUUGUGUGCUUUACUUAAUGACCCCGACAAACCAAGUCUCGUUGUGGAAAGUUUAAGCACGUGGUGGCGACCACCGGGUGUUUGUAUACGACAAGAUCAAAAAUGGAGAGAUUUAUAACGUAAUAUAUAUAUACAGUAUAUAGGUCUAUAUAGGUUUAUAUUUAUAUAGGUCUAUAUAUGUUUAUAUAUA